AAAAAAAGAAGAGAGCGGACAUUUUAAAAUCACCGGAACCGAAUGAAAUUGCUGGGAACGUGUUUUAAGACGAAAGCAAUCAUCACUUCCUCGAUAGUCUUGUGUAAGAAAGUUCUCAUUAAUUUUGAGAGUGAAGUUCUGAUGGUCAAGCAUCUCAAGGAAGUGAGUUCCAUCACUGUGCGCGAUACGCGGAGACCACCAAGUGUACUUCACCUUCCAUCGGUCUGUCUUCUUUCGCUUUUGGUUACGACGACGUGCUUUCUCGUUUCCGUCGACCCCCGGAACGCGAACGGCGGACUCGACAUGUGCACACAUUGGAGGGUCUCCAGGAGGAUGGCGGUCGGCUUCUCAAAUCGCCAUGGCGGGGAAUAACUGGAGCUUCGAUUUAAGUCAAGUGUAUCGCGUCAGGAUGAAGUAGUACACUGUUUCGUUGCGAAGUGCGUGCAUCGGGUAAGUCAUACGUGAAGAACCGUGGACCGUCCGUCACUUCACAAGCAGAUCGAAUACGUAUUCGCGCGCGCAAAGAAAACCGGAAGUAAAAACCGGCGGCUGAAUUACGCGGAAAAAAAAAAAGACUCGCUUCACGACUUCUGCUCAUUAAUGAAUUAAGAUAUGCGACUCUACACUAUUGCUUUUAUUACAUGGGCAGCAAGUAUAGCAACCUCGGAAUCUAACGUAGCAAAUCUGAACGGCGAUAAGGUUGUCGAUUACACGGAGGAGUUGCGCGAUUUGUCGGCGGAGCGAAUAGUGGAGGGGAUUGAAGCCAGAAAUUUUAGACAAACGAACAGCAAAGAUUAUCCCAACGAUGCCGCGAACGUUAAAUUGAACAAAUUGGCAUCUCACGCCGACGAGAGAAGAUCGAAUGUUAUUUCCACGACCGAAUUUUCUCCGUCGAAAGUGGUUUACGCGACGCCACUUAUUGGAACAGCGGAAAAUUAUCCAUUUACUGAGCAUUUGAGUCAGGAAUCGGAAUAUGCCGUAUCGGAAGAUGCGCUUCUCGUUGAAAAUGUCGGUAGUUUCGGGCAGAAAGUUCGACAGGAUUACUCGACAACUGUUAGGACGACGAACUUCAGAGUCACCAACUCAGAUCAGCAGAGUAAUAAGUACACGGAUUUCCAGCAGACGUCUAGCAGCACUGCGUCGUCUCUCGAAAAUGGAGACAAUAGUGAGAGAUCGCAUAUGCCGACUACUCGGGUAUCCGCACAGAAGAAAAAAUAUGGCUUGUCCAACAAUUCACCUUCUCACGAGUCCAAAGCGAUAGACUCUGACAUAAUUUCAAAAAUAUCAGGCAAAACGGACAACGUUUCGAGUGUCGAAAAUAAUGCCGCGAUCGAGAAUUUUCCGAUGUCACAAUUGAGAUUGACUCGAGCGGAUAGCAACACGACCUCGGAUCAAACUACAACAAAGCUCGCUGUGAAACCCGAGAAGACGGAAAGUGCCACGUCGACGUUCGUAGAAACAAAUCCUUCGUUGCAACCGGGAAAAUUUUCAGGUCCCAUCGUGGUGCCUGAUCUGCCUGACAGAGAACCUGAAGAAGAGGUCGAUUAUGUGAAUGACGACGUUCCCGAUGUGUUCAACGACGCUGAAAUUAUUUUCAGCGAAACUGGCGCCGAAGGAUCUAAAAUUGCUUCUAACAGUAUAACGUCCUCGUUCAUGCUCAAUCCCCUGCAAGUCGGGAUCGCUCUUGUGAACGCGAACGUGGCCGAUUUAACGGAUGACAGCGACCAAUCAGCCGCAACGGAUACGAAGAAUUACGUCCAAAACGAUUUUCCUCUGUAUUCAGCACCCGCGGAAAACAACGGGAUCCAAUCGUCACACGUCAAUAACGAAAAUUCUCGACACUUCGACGAAGGAAAACCCGCUGAGAACAAACUUUCCGACAAUUCCGUCGAGAUUCAAAAAUCGGUCGAGUUGUAUCAUACCGCACCGAUACACGAGAUUCAUUAUCCUGUGGAAUACGUCCAGCACACUUCGAAUGGAAUCAUUGAGACAAACAAUAUCAGAAGCUCGCAGAAAUCGAACCAUCCGUAUAAUCAAGAUGAACGAUCGAAUUCGCAACCAAAUUAUGAUAUUUAUCGAGAUAACAACCAUGAGGAGAACGUCAUUAAGGCGCACGCGUCCACGCUUUCGCAAAAACACAAUCGGCACGAGUACACCACGUCUAAUGUCGGGAACAAGCCUACGGUUCCGUAUCUAGUCACCGAUCUGCCGAGUACUAACGAACAAGUAUCUUUCGAAGCGUUUGAUUUACAACCGCUCAGAUACAACAACGCGCAACCCGUUCUGUUGGUUUCGCGUGAUCGAAACAAUCAGUUCAACGACACGAUACACGAUCAAUCUAACGUGCAAUACAACUUCAACGGCAAUGACAUUCACGUAUCCCCGCAUAUAAAGCCUGCCGAAAUUCCUGCAAGGCCAGAAGCAACGAACAAGCUUGUGAAAACACACGUACCGAGCACAUAUCAGGAAGAGCGUCAGCCAGUCGAUCAUCAACCUCCCUUUCGAUCUUUAGAAGCAAAGCGACCUUUGGAAGGCUUACAAUUUCUUAAGAUCAUUCCCAAAGGAUUGUCUCCGGAUAGCGGAUUCUUGGUGCCACUUCCGCGGCCUUAUCCGGUUGAAAAAAUCGUUGAGAAGACUGUUCACGUGCCGCAUCCGAUCGAGAUCGAGAAGGUGAUCGAGAAGAAAAUUCCGUUUCCGGUGGAGCGAGUUAUUGAAAAACAAGUGCAGAUACCGAUACCGAUACCACAGCCGUAUCCUGUUCAAGUUAAUCGCGUAGCGGAGAAGCACAUCCGUGUGCCGUAUCCUAUCAACAUAGAUCAGAUAAUCGACAGGAGAGUUCCGGUGCAUCGGUUCUUGAUCAAUCCGCCUCUGUAUCCGUUGCAUGUGAAACAACCGGUGACUUACCUGACACACAUGUCGCCGGCACCGAUAGACAAUCCCGUUGAGAGGUCGCCAGGUUUUUCACAAUCUUACCGACCGUAUCGCGCUGAAAAGACAACAGACAGUGGCGGUUUGAUUAUUGAGACUAAAGUCAACAAAUAUCAAUCGAAAUCACGCAAGCCGGUUCUUAAUAGCGAAACUACGAAUCCUCGUGGUAGCGGUCUGAGAUUUGAGCCGCACCAAAACGAGACAAACGUGUCGUAUUAUUACGGCGAUUUCUACGAUAGACCGUUGGCGUAUGAUAACAAUGUUGAUGUCAAUAAGAACUACGUUCCGCAUUUCUCUGACGUUAGACUGAUAUUGCCGAAGAAAUUCGACAGCCACGUGGUGCUACGAUCAUCGCUAUCGAAACCGGUGUUUCUCAGACAACAGGUCGUGGUUAAUUUGGAUAAAGAUAAGUCGAUCAACAAUGAAUACACGAAUCUCGAAACGUCGCGCAAGCCUUCGCAGGGCAAAGGUUUUCAGGUGAAACCAUCACAGUUGUCCACAAGCGCCGCACAGUCAUCGCUAAUAACUGCCGUUUUAAGAAAAUCCAGACAGCCAGAAAAUAUCGGUAGCUUUAGGCAAUCGAAGAUGGAAUACGGUUUCAAACCACCUAUGAUACCGUCCGUUCAAUAUGACGAAAGCACCGCUACUAAAGUAGACAAUUAAAAUACUCAUAUCAUUUAAGAUAUUAUAAACACCGCAUAUAUUUAAAAUAUUUCACAAAAAAUGACUAAGGAAUAACUAACGAUGAAUAAGAAAGAUUUGAGAUCUUUUGUAAACAUUGAUUUUUAUACAUAUUUUAUCAUCGAUAAAUAUAUAUAUAUAUAUAUAUAUAC